GUUCUCUUGCUCCAGUCAGCGCGGCCGUUCUUAGCAGACGACAUCGCAUCGCACUGCUCCGCUUGUGCUCUUUCUCGCUGUUCCUAGUACGUGAAUGUUUCAAAUCAGAAAGGAUAACAACAAUCGCCGCGCCAAAAACGCCAAAAUCUGGGCUACUCAAAGUUAUUACCCCGCCUAGUGAGGAGAGCCACGCGCACCAGCAACGAAUAAUUUGGGAACGACAUGACAGCGGAACUGAAGAAAGCCUAUGCUGAGAAAGACGGAACAGAUGCCAUCAACCACCUGUACGCGACCACCCCUCCCGACUCCGUGGAAUCGCCCGGACGGACACGCGUCUACCGUGGCCGCUUCCUGAUCCUCGCCCUCUUCUGCCUGUACUCCCUGUCCAACGCUUUCCAAUGGAUCGAGUACGCCAUCAUCACCAACAUCGUCGUACACUACUACGGUGUAGACGAGCUAGCCGUCAACUGGACUUCCGUCGUCUACAUGGUGACCUACAUCCCGCUCAUCUUUCCCGCGUCCUGGCUGCUCGAUCGCAAGGGAUUGCGAUUUGUGGUCAUCAUUGGGGCGCUCGGAACGUGCCUCGGAUCGUGGAUUAAGGUAUUCAGCGUGCACCCCGACCGGUUUGUGGUGUGCCUAGUCGGACAGACUGUGGUGGCGAUGUCACAGAUCUUCAUCCUCAGCAUUCCGCCACGCCUGGCUGUGGUCUGGUUCAGCGCUAAAGAAGUUUCCCGCGCCUGUGCCGUCGGAGUCUUCGGGAACCAGCUGGGCAUUGCUCUCGGAUUCCUGGUACCUCCCCAGGUGGUCCAGAACAGCGAGGACAAAGAUGUAAUUGGCACGGGCCUGAAUCAGUUGGUCUACGGUGUUGCCAUCUUCACCUCCAUUUUACUCGUGGCCAUCUUGCUUGGUUUUCGUGACCGACCUCCCACUCCUCCGAGCCAGGCUCAGGUGUCCCGGUUGGAAUCUGAUAGCGUCUCUUACCGAAGGUCGCUGGGGGAUCUGCUACGUAACUGGAAUUACAUGCUUCUAGUCAUCACAUAUGGAAUCAACGUGGGAACAUUUUAUGCCAUCUCAACCUUGUUGAACCAGGUGGUUCUCGCAUACUAUCCGGGUGAAGAGGCCAACGUUGGCUGGAUGGGGCUGUCUCUGGUUGUCGCAGGCAUGGCGGGGUCCGUGGCCUGUGGCGUUGUCCUGGAUCGCACUCACAGGUUCAAGGAGACGACCUUGGUGGUGUACAUUCUGUCCCUGGCGGGCAUGGUUGCCUAUACGUUUGUCCUGAGUGCAGGGUCGCUGUGGCCGACAUUUGCGAUUACCUCUUCGUUAGGGUUCUUCAUGACGGGCUACCUCCCACUCGGCUUCGAGUUUGCCUCCGAGUUGACCUACCCCGCGCCCGAGGGGACGUCUUCUGGAAUCCUCAACGCCUCCGCACAGGUGUUCGGCAUCACGUUCACCAUGGCCGCUUCCGCCGUGAUGAAACUGUACGGGGAUCGUACGGCCAACAUAGCACUCUCGGUGUCCAUGUUAAUUGGUGCCAUCCUCACCGCCCUCAUCAAGUCGGAUUUGAGGCGGUGCAGGGCUCAGUUGGGAAGCAACGACCAGUCUCCCGGUGCUCUUGACACGUGACAGAGUGUGACUAGACUUUGUGGAGCCACACACUAAAGCAGGUUGAUUUUGAGCAUUCUGUGCAGUAGCAGUGUUGUUGUUUAUCCUGUGCUUCCACAGUAUUCAUUGGAGCAAACCUCAAGAAUGAAGAGGGUGCUGGAGGGGGUCUUUCGGAUCUCCGAAUGUGCCUUUGAGAAGGGGUUUUUCGAACAAAUACCGUGUUCUUUCAGUUCACCCAAAUGAAAGUGUCACCUACUGUUUACCACUGGUUAGUAUUUUCAUAAAACUAUACCUGCUACAUACUGAAGUUUUGGAAGUGCUUUAUAUAACUCAAAUUAUAGACAGCGUGAACUUCAUUACACGGGGGGGAAAAAAAUGUGCUUCCACGUGCGUCGCUCAUGAAAAUGUGCUUGCCAUGUUAGGAGUUCAUUUUCGUUUAACAAGUGCAGUUAGUUUACACGCUACAAAAGAGUUUGAUUGCUUAGUCACAAGUAUGUGCAGGUCAGUUGAACAGGUUCGGCAAAGACAGGUUUCUUCCUUGUACUCAACCUGACUGUACUGCUGUGGAAACCUUGGUCUCAACUCAUGACUGUUAUAUAGCAUCUGACUACAUGGGGGAGUAUUAAAACUCUUCCAUGUAGGCCAUUUUCUUCUGUACAUUAAAAGUGAUUGAAGAAAAUAAAAUGUUUUAUAAAACCGCACAA